CCUAAAAUUACGGAGUAUGAGUUUUUGAACCCAAAAAUCCAUAAUAUUGACUACUUUUCAUUUGCAACAACUCUUGCAGCAAAUUCUCCCUCCCGCGCAGCCGCCUCAAUCCUUCUUACCUCUCUCCGCGCUGUAACAAAGGAGCACGUUUCAGUAGAAAAAUGUUAUACAUAAUCGGUUUAGGGUUGGGCGAUGAGCAAGAUAUUACACUCAAAGGUUUAGAAGCUAUUCAAAAAUGCGACAAGGUUUACAUGGAAGCUUACACUUCCCUUCUCUCCUUCGGUCUCUCUUCACACGGCCUCUCCAACCUCGAAAAACUAUACGGUAAACCCAUUAUUCUUGCCGAUAGAGAAAUGGUUGAAGAAAAAGCGGAUGAUAUUCUCUCCCAAGCUCAACUUUCUCAUUCUGCUUUCCUUGUUGUUGGUGAUCCUUUUGGGGCUACCACUCACACUGACCUUGUUGUUCGAGCUAAGAAGAUGGGAAUCGAAGUCAAAGUUGUGCACAAUGCAUCUGUCAUGAAUGCAAUUGGGAUUUGUGGUUUGCAGCUAUAUCGUUAUGGGGAAACUGUUUCAAUACCUUUCUUUACUGAGACGUGGAGACCUGAUAGCUUCUAUGAAAAGAUUCAACAAAAUCGAAAUUUGGGACUUCACACACUUUGCUUGUUAGAUAUUCGGGUGAAGGAGCCGACACUUGAAUCUUUGUGCAGAGGAAGAAAAGCAUACGAACCUCCCAGAUAUAUGACUAUAAACACAGCCAUUGAGCAGUUAUUGGAGAUUUCACAAGCACGUGAAGAAUCUGCCUACACAGAAGAUACCGAGUGUGUUGGGCUUGCUCGUCUGGGAAGUGAAGAUCAAAUAAUAGUAGCUGGAACAAUGAAGCAACUACAAUUGAUUGACUUUGGAGCACCUUUGCAUUGCCUAGUAAUAACAGGCAAGACCCAUCCCUUAGAGGAAGAAAUGUUGGAUUUUUACAGAUGCAAACCGUAGUUAAACAUCGAAGACACGUGGCCAUUUAAUUCAGAAAAAAACCUGUUUGUGUUGAAGGAGUCCCAAAAUUUGUUGUUUUGUAAAACAUUUUGUUUGCCAAUCAGUGCCGAAUGUGUUUAUGUUUAAUGUUUAAUUCAUUAGUGGCCUAAAAAUAACAGUGUAGGGGUUUUAAUUUUUGCAUAUCCUAGUUUUAGCAGAAUUGAAAAAUUGAAGUGUUUAUCCUUGUCUCAGAUGAUGCUCCUAGUGAAAUUAUGUAAAAGGAUUAAGAUUUCAAUAGUCUGUAAAAUUAAUUUUUGACAUAUUAA